AUGACAUCAAAGAAAAUCAUUGGUCUAGGAGAAAAGAGCCCCACAUUUCCUAAUGCCUUACUACUUCUUCUAUCAGGUUUCUUCAAGAUCUUCCUCUUCCAACUGGUAGGGUUGGUGUUAACUUUCAACUUCAAUAACUGUGACUUCAAGAAGAUUCGGGACGACUAUGACAAUCUUAUUGUCCAUAACCUGAAUGACUAUAUGAACAAGCGGGCAGUCAGGCUGGCUUUCAGGGAGGGUGUGUUGAACCCCAGGCGUUUGCUGCGCCCAGCUUGGGACUUCGGUUCCAAUUUAGAGAGAGGAGGUCUGUGUCGGGUAGGGCGGGGUUCCGAGAGAGGCUGUCCCUUCUUCCCUCCAGCUCAGGCCAGCGCUCCUGGCCGUGAAGGCAAUGGGAAACCGGCCAAGGCGCGCAGCCCAGGGCCCCCCUCGGAGCGCCCCCUUUUGCGCUGCUUCCUGGCGCCGCCUGCGUGGCCCUUGCGCCCGGCUCCCGCCGCCUGGCAACGCCCCUCCCCACCGGGUGCUUCUCUUUCCCUCUCCGCCCGCGACCUCUCCGCUUGCCCUGCCGCUUUGACUCCAUUCUUACUGACUCUGUCACCCCACCCCACCCCCUUUCCGGCGUUUUCUCGCGUCUUCCUAAACGUCACCGCCGCCUGUGAGCAGUCAGAUUGCCUCACUAAAAUCGUGCGCCACACCUUCAACUCCACCACCUGCCCGUCACUCUCCGAGGAACUCUUUGCCUGGAGAACUAAUGCUACCCUCGCUCGCUAUUGCCCAGAGUACUCUACAGUUCAGAUAAAUAAUACCCAGAAAAUGCAGCAAAAAGUCACCCGUGAGUGCCUGGAGCAAACAUCACAAAUAAUAGGAUGGUGGCGUUUUUUCAGCCGACUUUUGGGAAAAAAAAACUAUCUUCAUUAGCAUCAUAUUUUAUAGUAUUAAAAUAAAUGAUAUUUAUUAAG